AUGUUUGAGGCUUCUGGACAUAGUUUGCUGAAAGUUGCAAUCCUUGAACAAUUUUGUCUGCGGUUCGCUCAGCUCUUAACAAGAUACAUUGGAAGGCUUUGCACAAGCCGCAUUCGCUCAAAGACCGUGACAAGGACUUCAUUUGCAAAUGGAACUCCCAAUAAGUUUAGCGACAAACGCAGCAUCUGUCUCAUUAACGUAUCUAGGGUGGAACAUCUCGUCUAA